UCGCACUUGUACGAAUGUUCUAUCCAUAACGAAAUCCUCGUUCGUCUCGAAACCAUUAUAGCAUACAUUAUACAUAAGAAAUAUGAACUUGCUCAAUUUAAAUUUCCUUACAAAUUUCGUCACGCGUCUGCUACAUCUGUUUGAUAUUUUUUCGUCGAACGAUCUAAGCAGUACUUGCGGAAUUAUAAGUGAGCCUAAAAUCGAAGGUGGUCACAGUGUCAAUUAUUACAAGUAUCCAUGGUAUGGUGAAAUAUUUUCAAGUAACAACGGAACCGACGAAUAUUUUUGCGGUGGUAAUCUCAUAACGCCCAAUCAUAUUCUCACCGCAGCACAUUGUAUAGCUGAUAUAGCUGAAACAGCAGUGCCGAAGAAUGCAAAUGAAAAAAUAACACUUGGCACGUAUGACAAUUGCAACAUAAGUAUUAAUAAAUUUCGCAAAGUUUUUUCAAUAAAAUCAGCAGUGAUCCACGAGGAUUAUGAUCCAGGAACUUUGGCAAACGACAUUGGUAUCUUGGUCUUGAAUGAUCCAGCUGACAAUUUUAGGACCGUCUGUCUUCCAAAAAAAAAUGCUCUGCUACCAGCUUCCGGUACAAUCAUAGGUUUUGGACAGUUUGGCAUAGACAACAAAACGAAAGUUUGCAUACUUCAGGAGGCAACAGUCAAUGUCUAUUCGUAUUCGGAGUGUCGCCACUUUAAAGUACCCUUCAAUAAUUUUGACCUACCCGGAGAUAUAUGCGCUGGUAAUCCUGAAGGUGGGGUCGAUUCUUGUUCUGGUGACAGCGGGGGUCCAUUGCUUGAAGAACGUGAUAAUCGCUUUACCAUUCGAGGUAUCGUAUCCUUUGGGAUAGGUUGCGGUGAUGAGGGUUGGCCUGGGGUAUAUACCAACGUGGAUUAUUAUCUAGAUUGGAUAUACUCAAAAAUUGAUACCUGCAUCAUGAAAUCUAGGAUGAUCCUGUCCACAAUAGGGAUCCUGUUUAUUGUUAACGCGGUGAGAAGUCGGACAAAUUUCUAUAUGCCACGAAUCAAUCCAAGCUGUGAAUGUGGCCAAUCCGGGGAAGGAGUGUCUAAUCGCAUUGUCGGAGGAGUCAUUACAAUACCGCAUGUAUUUCCCUGGAUAGCUGCAAUUUUUAAUAAAGGAUCAUUACAUUGUGGCGGUACAUUAAUCAACGAUCGUUAUAUCCUUACAGCUGGUCAUUGCGUUAAAUGGACGAAACACUCGGAUCUGUCGAUAAAACUUGGCGUGCAUGAUAUAAAAAAUGUGAAUGAAGGUCAACUAGCACCAAUCGACAAGAUCAUCCUUCAUAAAAAUUUUGAAAGUGAUUAUCUUCAUGAUACAAACGAUAUUGCCUUGAUCAAACUUAAGUAUUCUGUUAAAUAUAAUGACAACAUAAGGCCAGCCUGUCUGCCAUACAAAGGUUCGGAUUACACAGGACAUAAAGUCAAAGUAACAGGAUGGGGUCGUGUGACGACGACGGGAGGAGCGUCACGAUAUUUAAGAAAAGCCAAUCUCAAGGUGAUGCCCUGGCUCAGUUGUAAGAACGUCUCUUUUGGUGAUCAUAUUACGGAAUCUAUGAUAUGUGCCUACAAUGAAAAUACUGACGCCUGUCAGGGUGACAGCGGUGGACCACUUCUUUAUCAACGAUAUGAUGGAAGAUAUGAGACAAUAGGUAUUGUCUCCUGGGGUAUUGGUUGUGCAAAACGUGGUAUGCCAGGCGUUUAUGUGAAAAAUUCGGAUUAUAUAAACUGGAUCAUGACUAAUACCAUGGAUGCCAUAUAUUGUAUGCAUAAUUGAAGAAAAUUCAUUGUCGUAUAAUGGCUGUAAUGCGAAUAUAGGAGCAAAAAUAAUAAACUCUAUGGUUUACACGGUAC